AUGGCUGAUUUAUUAUUCAGACAAAAUUUUUUCAAGAACCGUCUAGUCGUUGAUUUUUCUCGCUCACUAACCACUCUUCGUAACAACAAUCUAAGGGAUGUACUAGAUAGCAACAGGGCAUGGGCCAAUUCCUAUAAACUCCGUGAAGCAAAAUUUUUCCCCAAACUCGCCAUGUCGCAAAAACCAAAAAUUUUCUGGAUAGGUUGCGCAGAUUCUCGCGUUCCACCCGAAAUGAUAUCCCAAUUGGGGUUUGGACAAUUGUUUAUCCAUCGAAACAUUGCGAAUCAAUUCAAGAAAGAGGAUCAAAGUUGCGAGUCGACAUUAGAGUAUGCCGUGCAUUACCUUAAAGUCGAGCAUGUUAUCGUGUGUGGACAUACGAGGUGUGGUGGUAUUGAACAUGCGUUCAAUGAGAAUCUUUUACCAUACCUGAAGGACUGGGUGAAACCAAUACAGGAUGUGUACAAAGUACACAAGGACAAAUUUAAGGGUGUGUCGCAUAAAGAAGAGUUUAAUCGGAUUCUGGUAAAACUUAAUGUUGGAGAGCAAAUUAGAAAAAUUGCCGAGACAGAUGUGGUUAAAGCUGCUUGGGCAGCUAAUCAACCUUUGGCGAUUCAUGGCUGGGUUUAUCAUUUGGAAUCGGGAACUUUGGAAGACUUAAAAAUUACAAUUGAUGAAGCUUAA